UGCCAUAACCUAACAUAGUUGCCACUUGCUGUCAGAAGACAAAAAAAGUGUCAUAUUUUGUGUGAUCGCUUGCGUUUUCUGUUGAUUACAAAAUGCUCCCGCUCUAAGCAUUUCUUCAGAUUACCUUUUACACUCAGGUCACACACGUGAAAUCGCGAUGGCAGAAGCUUUCAGACGGGUCGUUGAGCAAGUUUUCCACAACUGGACGGCACUUAACCUUGCCGUGGAGUAUUCGGACUCCCCAUAUAAAACAAAAGAGAUGGUGGGAGAAUUCAUAAGUAACAUGGUACAAUAUUGUUUAUUUUCGUCUGAUGUGGACCCGUCUAGCAUAGAAGAAGUACUGGACGACACCAUGGACCAAGAGUUUGAAACUCUGUGUGAAGACAACUCCACAAAAGAAGUUGCCGCCGUUCUGUAUAGGUUCAUGAACAUAAUUAAACAAGAAGAUAGUGCAAAAUUUGAAGAAGAGUUUCAAAAGUUGCCGGUAAAUACGACUUGUACUUUUAGGGCUCGAAAACGAAGUAGCGAAAGCGUGAGUAGCACAAAUGAUUCAAGCGAAAGUGCGGAGAUUGGUAAUUGUCCUGGGGUACCCAUGGAACUGGAUUCUGAAUGGAUGGUGGUGAAGUCGAGGAAGAGGCGCUAAAUGAAGCGUUGCCUACACGAAGAGAUAUAUAUGUGUUAUUUUUUCUAUGUCUAAUAUAGAAGGGUCCUAACUAUUGCAUAAAAGAGAACAUGUUAGUUUAAACACUCUGAUCUCGUCACAGUCUAAUCGAUGUCCGUGUAAACACAAUAUCUAAAUGUAAUAGAGACUUGAAAAAGUAAUAA